AUGAAAUCAAGGUUGACGUUAGCUUCGCUUUCACGAACACUCCCAUUCUCAAAACAAUUUGGGAAAAUUACUGCGGCAAGGGCUAACACAAUAGAGAAUGUCGUCUCGCGGCUAUCGUUCAACGACGUUGGCCUUAAGUACUUAACUACGGCAGCAAAAGGCGGAGAGGCAGCGGCGAGGACUUCAGUGUGGUGGGAUAUUGAGAAUUGCGGGGUCCCCAAAGGUUGUGACGGCCGUACGAUUGCUCAUAACAUUACAUCGGCUCUGCUGAAAAUGAACUAUUGUGGUUCGCUCACCAUUUAUGCAUAUGGUGACACCAAUCGAAUACCUUCUUCUGUGCGACAAGCUCUCUCUUCUACCGGCGUAUCGCUAAAUCACGUUCCUUCUGGAGUGAAAGACGGGAGUGAUAAGAAGAUCAUUGUAGACAUGUUAUUGUGGGCUAUGGAAAAUCGAACUCCCGCUAAUAUUAUGCUCAUAUCAGGUGAUGGAGACUUCUCAUAUGUUCUUCACCAGCUGAAGAUGAAGAAGUACAAUAUUCUUCUGGUACGACCUGAGAUUGCAUCUCCCUUUCUUAUCACUGCUGCACAGACAGUAUUGUCAUAUAGGAGCAUAGUUGGACUUGGAGCUGGCUCUGGCGACAAGGCUCCUAAAAAAGCUGAUCCAGGCAAACCUAUGAGCUCAGAUUUGGUCACUGAAAGCAAGAAGAGCCAGAUAUUUUGUCAAAUAUGCAGUGUUUCUUGCACAAACUUGGCUGCUUACAACUCUCACCUUUCUGGUAAAAAGCACAAGAAAAAGGCUAAGCUAGUAGCAAGUAAAAGCGCUCAGGUCAAAGCAAAAGCCUUGUGGUGUAACAUUUGCCACGUCCAUUUCCCGACAGUUGGGAAGGAAGAACAUACCUCAGGACGAAAACACAAAAACAAACUUAAAGUUGAAGCCGGACAUUCUCCUUAA